UCUCAAUCAUUUCAAAUAUUGACGUGUUAUUCUUUAAAUUACUGAGUUCAUACAUCCAUCAGUUUGUCCAAUGGUUAUGAUGUAAUUUGUAGAAGAUUUUUAUUAACACAUUGUUGAUAUAUAGAGGGCUACAAUAUCAAGGCAUCUAUCAAAGAGACUCAUUCAAUCCAAUUCUGAAUAGAAGCAAUACAUAUUAUUCUAAAACGCUUAGCAGCGGUAAUGGAUAACAGAUCCGUUCUGUUUUAUAGUUCAUCUCUAUUCAAAUCAAUUUAGUGUUGUGAUAUGUAUCAUUUUGUUUAUCUUUUUCUUCUCGAGGUGUUUACAAUGAUAUCAACCAAAGAAAUCAAUAAACAUGAUACUCAACGAGAGUGUAACCAACAAUUUGAGAUUUAUGCAAAUAAUAAUUCAAUGUUGAAUGGUGUCAUGCAUAGUAAACAAUACAAUAUGAUGAAACAUAAACCAAAUGAAAAUGCAUUACAUCAAAUUGAAACUAUUCCAUCAAUGAUAGAUGAUAUCACUAAUGCAUUAGAACAAUUCGAACUCAAUCCAUCUUAUUUUUGUCUUGAUUAUGAAGAUGAAAUUUAUUAUAGUGAAUUUGAUUACAAUCUAGAUAGUUGA